UGGCGUAUCGAUUUUGUUGAGUGAAGUCAGUGAAGUGAUCGUAGUGUUCGUGUCCUUUAAUUCCUUUAUUUUAGUGACGUUUUUAGAAAAAUAUCUGUGAAUGGGAUUGUGUAACAAGAUAAAACGUUUAUUCGGUGUGUGAUUUUCCAUUAAGGAUGACGAAGGACAGGUUAGCGGCGCUUCAAGCGGCGCAAAGCGACGAUGACGAUGUCGGGCCCGACGACGUCAACGUCGCGGUUGAAGAGAGCCCCAUGACCGAAUUCUUCGGUGAGAGUCAGAAUCCUGAACGUCAGAAUUUAUUUUCUUCAUUUAUGCGUUGGAUGUUUCAACGUGGCGAGAGAGAUACUCGUAGCAUUGCCGAGUUCUCAAAUUUUGUAAACAAUGUGGAAGAGAUACGGGAGAUGAUAGACAAGAUUCAAGCAAACGUGGAGGAGGUGAAGAAGAAGCACAGCGCCAUCCUAUCAGCACCGCAAUCAGAUGAAAAAACAAAGAACGAAUUAGAAGAUCUCAUGGCUGAUAUUAAGAAAACUGCCAACAAAGUCAGAGGAAAGUUAAAACACAUAGAGCAAAACAUCGAACAGGAGGAACACUCUAACAAAUCAUCGGCGGAUCUCAGGAUAAGAAAGACACAGCACUCGACUCUGUCUCGCAAAUUCGUCGAAGUGAUGACCGAGUACAACCGCACGCAGACGGACUACCGGGACCGCUGCAAAAACCGGAUACUGCGGCAGCUGGAGAUCACUGGCCGGAACACCACGGAUGAGGAGCUGGAAACUAUGCUGGAGCAGGACAACCCCGCCGUCUUCACGCAAGGGAUAAUAAUGGAGACGCAGCAGGCCAAGCAGACGCUGGCCGACAUCGAGGCGCGGCACGCCGACAUCAUCAAGCUGGAGACGUCCAUCCGCGAGCUACACGACAUGUUCAUGGACAUGGCGAUGCUUGUCGAGAGCCAGGGAGAGAUGAUCGACCGCAUUGAGUAUCAUGUAGAGCACGCUGUGGACUAUGUCCAAACUGCCACCCAAGACACAAAGAAGGCCCUAAAAUAUCAGAGCAAAGCUCGACGGAAGAAGAUAAUGAUUCUGCUGUGUCUGCUCGUGCUCGCCCUUCUCGCGACCGGCUACGUGUAUAAAACCUUCUUCCUUUAAACGGUCGAACGGGGCCCGGGGGCAGGAUCGCCAUGCAAAGGAUCAUCGUCGCGUGUGCCGGCGCCUGCGACCCGCCCGCCUGUCGCUGCUUCGCGGCGCUCGUCAGUAACCAUCGUAACGUUUCAUUUGUUGCCACUAGUAACGUUCAAAAUGUAUUCUUAUCUAUAAACACAUGUUAGUAAUCAGCAAAUCAUUGUGGCUUCAAACACUUACGACAAUGCUACGCUAUGCGACUUUUGGCUCUAAUGUCAAAACAACAGCCAUAUUUAUUUACAUCGCCAGUUGCCCAAACGUUUAUAAUGCGAAUGUUUCAGAAUACGCAAAAGUAUAAAGUUGAAGCACGGAACAUACCUAAUCAAGCAUUUUAUUGGAAUGUUUGUGUAACCGGGCAAUAGUUAUACUUAUGUAUAAUUAACAUUAACAGUUAAUCCACAACUUGCAUAAAUUCUUUACAUGUAAAACUUAUAUUGGUACCCAAAAUAGGAUUUGACUGGACAUGUUAAGAUUUAGGCUACGUCACACAGUGAUUUCUGUAUCCCACUAUUACUGUGAUUGUCAGAGGCUAUUUUGUGUGCAUACUGCAUACUGAAUCGUUAAUAAAUUAGGAAAUAAUACUCCACUUGAAUAUAGUUAUAACGUAUACUUAUAGUUCAUAACAUUAUCAGAAAAGGAAAUAUUUAGGCAGUCUAUUUUUGAAUGUCCACUGCAGGUUUCAUGUUAAAGAAUUAUAAAAAUAAACACCAUCCUGUGGAAUUAGAAAAGUUAAGUUAAAAACGUUGGCUAACAUGAAGCUUAAAAGCUUCAGUUACGUUGUUCGUAAACUUGCCAUGAUAUGAUAUUUAUGAUUUAAUAUCGUACUCGUAUCUAAGAUAAUAGUUAUCUGAAAUUUCCGCAAACAUAAAAUCAAAAGAAUGGCAGUAUAACAAGCGGUGAUGCCAAUCGAAAAAUGUAAUCAGUAUUUUUAACCGAAAAUUUGUAAUAACCACAAAACGGACGAAGUUCAAGCAUUAGGUGUAGAUAUUGAUACUUCGCCAAAUAAGGCUCGAUUAGGCCGAGGGCCGAUGUUGUAGGAGGAAAUCGUGUCGUCAGUAAAAGGAAGGAUGUUAGUGGGGGCGUGUAUCGCGCAAGCGGCCUAGUCCAGCUUGGUUGGUUGGAGAGGAGGGUAGGCCACGGCGCACAGUACAAACAGAGGCGGUGCGGCCGCGCCGCGCCGGUCCGCUGGCAGCUGGCAGCUGGCACAGCGCGGUCGCUGGCGGAGCAGAGCGCCUCAUCAGAGCAUAUCGCGCCGGCGUGCCGUCGCCGUAGCAAUAAUGAUAUUCGAUUACAAUUGUAAAAUUGUUUUUAACUUUCGAAUGUGUGAUAGUAGAUGCAGUUGUUGUUUAGUUAACUUUAACAUUAUAAAUUAUAAUUAAUGAAUUGUUAUUGUGGAUGUAACUUUUAAUAAACCGUAAGAGUAAUUUUAAACUUUCAUAAAAAUAGACACUCGUUUAAAUUGUCUCGACGCUUUGAAAUCAGAAUCGUAGGUGAAAAUUAUAUUUGUUUUGUUACUGUUAAGACCCCUUCAUUGUACAGUAAUCCAUAAUGUAUCUACGUAGCUGGUGUAGCUAGGAUAUACAUUUUAAUAAAUUUAAAGUACCAGUCUUCAGCGAUGCAAGUACUUAGGUAUAGGUAUUGAAACAGUAUUUUGUGUUCGUAACGUUACCUAUAUUUUCGUAGAAAAGAAAACACUCGAAAAUAUUAAGCACCAACACGUAUUAGCAUUCUCCUAAGAAAAUAAGUGUAAUGUUAAAGAAACCUGAUGGUUACAAAAAAGGUGAAAGUGAAGGUGACCACUGAGCAGUGCUUGAACGUCGCGGUUGACAGAGAGCGUUCAACGGCCCUAAGCCCGCCGCCGGCGGCGCCAAGCCCUCUAUAUAGCUCGACGAUCAAGCAAAAUAAUUGAAGUGCAGUUGCGUAUGGAACAACGUAAAGCAAUGUUAAUUUAUAACUAGUUAACAUAAUUAGAUUUUUAUCCUUAAGAGUAGGAUUUCAUCUAGUUGCCUUCGUAACCGUAGAGAAAUUAGGUAAUUCCUUUUCUCUCAGUAGUUUCAUUAUAAAGUGAGGUCAGUCGCAUGUUUCCACUCGCCAGUCAAUUGUCCCGCUUGUCUUCCCCGCGAGCCGGCUCCGACACGGCACCAGACCUUAAAUCGCGCUGACACUAGCUAGAUGCAUCUCAACUCAUCGUAUCUUAGGCUAAGUAUAUUAUAUUAAUGGCCUCGUCGGGUCCCCUCGCCGAGGCCGCGUACCUGACACCAAAGUAAAGUUAAUGGUAGUGACUAGCGGUGCGCUAGCCCUGAGCCCUGAGCCCUGAGCCUCGAGCCCGCCGAACACAUCGCACAAGUCACGCGGACACGCUCCCGCCGCGGGACGAAGGGCCUUGCGGCGCAAGCGGCAAACCUCUUCGCUCCCAAGUAGUGUUUUGUAAAAUAAAAUGUUAGAAUAGACAUAACCAAACUUCUAGUCUGCUUUCAAUGAUCUUAAUAAUCUGAUAAUGUUAAUCGUAAUAUUGCAGUUGUAUUCUUCGGUUACUAGUGUAUAUAAUGUGACGUUCUCGUGUUCAAUCAGCCGCGCGCCUCGCGGAACCGCACCGUCCGAUUGUCGCACGAAUAUCGCGCGUUUAUUGCUCGGUUCGGACUCUUGUGAGGCACGGCGGCGUGCGUUCUAACAAAAUCUCAAUCUUAUCGUAAAGCAUAGAUAUUUUCAUAAUCAAUAGUAUGCAUUGUUGAUUGGAUUGCUAAUUUUGUAUAAGUACACAAUUAGUAUAGUUUAUAUACUUAUGUGUCAAUUCAUAUAGCAUUUUAUUACAUUAACAGACGAUAGCUAGUAAGUGUUAAAGGUAAUCCAGACGUAAUUACAGUGCUGUUUAUUAGGCUUCUUUGGAGUUUCUGUUCCAAUGUGACUUUUUGGGAGCGUUUCUGUUGCGUUUGUUAUAGAGGCGGGAGCGCGCCGGCCGCUCGCGCGGGUCCCGCCCGCGACAGAGGCGCUCCACAAUUUAUUAAAUGUACCUACUACAGUAUCUACAUAUUUAUGGGAAACAAUGUACACGUCUGUAGCGAUCGUAAACAGGAUUUAACCUACAAAUCAGUCCUCUAAACAUAUUUGUAUUUUAUCUUCUUCAUAAUUGUAUAAAAGGAAUUUGAAGAGCAACGAAGAUGAUGAAUAAUAUUAGGUAUCCUGAUGCAUUUCCAAAAGGUUACUCUAGCCUGAUAUUUAUUAUUUAUCUACUCAUAAAAAUACCACUAUUUUAAUACUAGGUCAACACAUUUUCGCGGCUCUAGUUAUGCUCCGAGAAACUCGAUUCCUUGUCCAGUUUUACGACUAAGUAAAUCAACCCCAUUCAUACUCUUAUUCUUUAAAAUUAAAAGUCUAUAUAGAAAAAUGACGCACAUUUCGUGCGCUUUUUAUUAGACAGGUACCUUAUUGCGCUAGUUUUCGUCCACUUGACGAAGUUUGAAUAUAAACCUACAUUGCUUCACAAAUUUGGACUUAUUGCACUCCUUAAUGUCUAAACAAUAUAACUACAUAUACUCGUAAAUGAUAUUUCCAAGUAGCAAAUUAAAAAUGAAAUAGGACCUAUAUUAUUUGCUAAUCCGUCAAGUGGACAAAAACUAGAGCAUGGAUGGAAACUAGCGCAAUGACCCUACCCCUUUUCCGAACUGAAAGAGGUUUCAAAUGUUCAAUAAUGUUACUAAAUCGAGUUUUUGCAACAGCCAGGAAAGUCUUGAAAUCAUUCAAAUUGUAGAGCCGCUAUUUAUUGACUAGACUAGCUACAAAUAAUUCACUAACUGCCAUCAGUUUUGGCCUGAGGGUCCUUUUUAUUAAAUAAGUCACUCCCUCAAUUGCAUAAACGUCCUUUUGCGAUAAUACCACAUUAGGGCACAUCGCUUGAACGUGACUUAAUGAGACAUUUUCAAUAAUGAGUUUAUGCAAUUGGGCCAUAAUAUCGCAUUGUAGGUAGGUACCUAUUCGACAUUCACCUGCAAGUGUUCUAAACGACGCUAUAGUCUAGGUCAAAUUUCAUUUCAUCAUUAUACUUACGCUGCUAUUAUACACAAAUAAAAAAAUCACUCAUUGGCAGUGUUAGAAGUAUUACCCAGUAGGUAUUAUAAAAGCAAUGUUAAUCCACUUACAGUGCGGUUAAGGUGCUCUCUUCUAUUAGGCAGCGACUUUUAUAUUACUCAGUAGGACAUGCAAAAUGUAGUAUAAAACACUGACAUAAAUAAUUCAUUGUGGUGUGCAAAGGUGCGUCCACAAUAAAGAUAAAGAACUAGCUGAAGAAGAAUAAAAAAAACUUCGUUUACCUUACAUAAAGCAAUGCAACUUACCCAUUACUCCCGUUGCAACACUAGGUGCAUAUAUUUUGAUACAGUGCCCUAGAUUUAUUAAUGGUUGCCCUGGUUCUAACUCAGUUGUAUAAAAGUCUGUGUUUAGCUGUAGUGCAUAUAUUCAGUCUGCUCCGCUCUUGGCGCGAGCUAUUCGGUUAGGGAUGGGUACGAAAUACGAGUAUAGCCAGUUUGCCUGCUGGGUAAAUAACCGGUAAGCAAGUUGAUGCCCAGUGGGUAGAGUGUUCGUGGACGGCCCGCCUCUACCCCGACUGCUACAACUCCCGCAGUCCUUCAAGAGUUAACGUAGAGUCGCUAGACUUCAAUUCGUAGGUAAAUGUUUAUAAAACUUUCAACGUUCUCUCGAUUUGUGCUUUAUUUCCAACUAUUUGAUGUUGCUUCGCGUUAAAUGAUGUGAGACAUUAAAAAUAUAUUAGAGUUUAUAUUUAUUUUAAAACAUGUUAUUUUUUAUACUUAGUUUAAUCAAAAAUGUUGAAAUAGCAUAGUUCCGUUUUACGGAAGUUUCUUGAACUUAUAUAAGUAUUUCAAAAUUUAUAUCAAAAUUGUAUUCCUCUUAAUGAUAAAAAUCGUCUUGUAAUCUUGUAAAGGAACACUAAACCUCCUGAAAUUGUAACAGUAAUAAAGUAUUGUAUUAUGAAAUUAACAGUGAGAUUCUGGACACGUAAAAUUCAAGUUAGAUUGGUUUUUAUAGUCAUAUUCUGUACCUACGUAGGUUAUCAAUCUGAAGUUCUCUCAUAAUUAUAAAAUAAACGGUGUUUUCUGCUGU